AUGGAAAAGGAAGCACUAAUUCCCAGUCCCACCUCUCAAAAGCUCAACCAAAUAGAUAAGCUUCUCAAUCUCUAUGCCUGCAUACUCAUCACGGUGUUGCUAACCGCCCUUGUCGUCAUUGCAUAUUAUAACAUUGCAUAUGAUGCCAGAAACUGUAGACUGGAUGUUACAAUACGUUCUAUGGAUUUCACCGUGCUUAAUAUGACUGAGACUCGUCUUAGUGUAAAAUGGGAUCUAUUGAUAAGAAUCGCUCCAGAAAAUCCUGUUUGCUUUUUGUGUCGCAAUGGAGAUUAUAAGGUUAACAUAUCUUACAACGGUGUAACCAUCGCUACUUCACCAAUAGAGAGUUACAUCUGGGCGGCGCUGAUGCUUAAAGUUUCAUUGAUUGCUUCCGAGGGAGACAUGGACGGUGCGAUUAUGAAAAAUAUUGUUGAGGACAUUAAGGCAAGAGGUGAAGUGCGGUUCGGAUCGGGAAUGCUUUUUUCGGAUGGCAGAGAUGGAACGAGCGGAAAGAUGAACUAUGCGUGUGAUGAAGCGACUUUAAGGUUCAAGCCUGGCUCUCAGAGGGAUGCAACUUUGGUUGAAACCCUACGUGAAUGCCCUUAUCAACCUUGA